AUGGAAGGACAUACUUAUAAAGAAUUGAAGACUGUAGAUAAAUCACUUGUCAAGGAUAUCGUAAGAGCCAUACUACAUACGAUACUUUUUUAUCGAAUCUUUGGAAACAUAAGACCUCGGGAAGUAACCUUGCUAGAUCUAACAUACGUAAGUAUGAUUCUCUGGCUUAUAUACAUAUCGCCGACAAAAGAACUAAUGCCAGCUACUAUGCAGCCGGCAAUAGACGAUGCAGAAUUAGAAAGAAACGUGGAAGAGAAAGUGCAAGAAUUUGUUAAACAUCUUGAAAGUCAGGGUGGACAGAAGGGGCAGAUUGCAGUCAUGUUUCAUGAAAAACGACCAAAGAAAAAUACCUCCUGGUUUACUGCAAAGGCCGAGGAGGAAGUGUGUUGGGAGCGAUGGGCUGUGACAAUAUCGGUUGUAUAUAGGACCGAAGUGGAUCAAAGAAAUAUCCGUAAAAAGGUAGUUGAAACACUUUCCAGUUGCCUAUUGGAAAUAAUUAAUUAUGUCAAUGAAAAAAAAGAUCAUAUUCCACCCAUCACAAAGCCGGAUGCGUUUCCAUAUCAGGUGUCAUUGUCAUCCCAUCAUCAAAUGACUCAUGGAUCUCGUUAUUCAAAUAAAUCUAAUGCGGAAGUUAUGAAUACAAAUUCUACUGAUAGCGAUUUAUAG